CUUAGGGGCCAGGGCGGGCAUUUCCUGCCUCAAGCCAAAUGGCUAUUUUCUUGGCAGCUUUGAGGGACAGGUCCGGUGGCCAAUAGGCCUGCAGUCUUGGGCAGAACCACCCAAUGGGAGCGUGCGGAUCCGGGCUGAGGGGCGGUCCGGGCAAGGAGGCAGAUUUUUUGAAAGGAUUACCAGUCUACAACAAAAGCAACUUCAGUAGAUUUCAUGCAGACUCUGUAUGUAAAGCAUCGAACAGAAGACCGUCAGUAUAUCUUCCCACAAGGGAAUAUCCAUCUGAACAAAUCAUAGUAACAGAAAAGACAAACAUACUUUUGCGUUAUCUACAUCAGCAAUGGGACAAAAAGAAUGCAGCAAAGAAGAGAGAUCAAGAGCAAGUGGAAAUAGAAGGUGAGAAUUCGGCACCACCACGGAAAAUUGCCCGGACAGACAGCCAGGACAUGAAUGAGGACACUUAAACUCUUGCUCUCUCCUACACUAUUUUGCAGGCGCUUCCUGUUUUGUCUCAAAAUGUGUAAAUUUCCGCGCCCCUUCCCCCCCCUCCACUAUGCAGCCCAAACCACUUCUGACUUCAUAGGAGCCAAUGUAUUUAUUUUUUCUCCAGUUUUUAUUUAUGCUGUAAAACUUACGGAGCAAUCGAUGGUGGAACAAGUCAGCAAAUGAUGUAGUGUAACUUUAAUCCUUUUUUAAAAAAAAAAACCCAUACAUUAUCACUUUUCCAGAUUUUGUUAAACCUGUUGCUUAAUUAACCCAGUUUGCCAUGGAAGCCUGGAGAGGAGACAUGACUUUACGGCAUGCAAAUUCCAGUGGUAUAGGCUUUCUGAUCCAUAUACCCACUGGUAUAUUACAGUAGUCAACUCUGUAUUGGCUGUAACCAGUCUAGCAGUAAUUUUUUUUGGCGGGGGGGGGGAAUGAGGGGGCUCAUCCGCUCUGAAAUGUUGAUCCUAAAAUCAGCACUGUACUAGGAAAUCCUGGGGGUCAUUAGGGUUAUGCUGAUCUUAUCAAAUGUGGUCAACUUGAUAGAACAGUUGUGGUUUUUUUGUUCAGCAGCAUAUGUUAUCACACGCAUCAAUGGUCAUGGAGAAUUCAAGUGACAGGUGUGUUGCUUUGGUUGCUCUUAAAUUUUAACAGCCUUUUGGUCUUGAAUGGACUGGUAUGUGCAACUUCUCCAUUGGAAUAAAAAGGAUACUUUUAUCCUACUGAGUAUUUGAUCAACAGUGUCUUUAAAAUGGCAGCAGGUGGAAUGGAAUUGGUAGGUCUACCUUAUAAUCUUAUUUGUUAAAUUUGAGAAUCAAAUUGGGUACAGCUUGGCAUCUAGAUUGGCUAUUUCCUUUCUCUCAACCAGUGAUUCUGAAAAAUCGUAUAUUGCAUGACUGGAGCUGAGUCCAGGACUUCUGGAUACAAAGUAGCUGAACAAAAUGAGCUUCUACAGUCUAUAUUAAAGACAGACCCUCUUUCAUUUGGACAAUGACAGUUCAGUGCCUAUCACCUGUAACCCUUUGCUGGCUAUCUUCAGUAGGAGCCAAAUACAAAACCCUCAAGAUGUCUAAGUGGAGUCAAAGGAAACCAGCAUAGUUGGUUGAAGGUGUCUCUCUCUCACUAUUGACUGUCCAUUCUGCUUUUAAUGUGAAAAGCUGAGUCUGUUUUUAGGUUGAAAUCUAGAUUGUUGCCUUCCAUUGCUCUUUUCCCAGCAUCUCUGCUCAUCCACAAAUUCUAAACAAACUGAGUCCAGAAGCUAUGUGAGCCUCUUUCUAGAAAACCAUGGGUAAGCCUAGUUCUGCAGGGAGUUUGACCGUGGUGGUUAAACUCAGAUGAAAGACUUGUGAAGACAGGGCUCAUGCCGCCACCUUCACUACUGUGUCCCAAUCAGGCCAGUGGACAGAACUUGUUCAGAAUAAAAGCAUGAUGGGAGUGAAAGCCAUCAGCAGCACAGUUUAUCUUAUGAGCCAGGACUUUGUGAGGAGCAGGACAUAGCCUCACUUAUUGCUGCAGUUUUACAAGUAUGUACAAGGCACUAAGCUCUGAUUCUACUAUUCUUCUUCUCACUUUUUCAGUGAAGAUCAUUGUUAUUUAGACCUAAAAUUGUACCUGCCCUUAAAAUAGCUACGUUUUGCUGCAGCAGUGCCCCUCCAGAUUAUCAGGUUCAAACACCAGCUGUGUUGGUGAGGACGAAAAUAUGGUUUUACAAUUUUGUGUUGUACUGGCAAUUGCAACUUAACAGAACUUCUUUACCCAGAGCUGUGCUGCCAAAAAAGAUGCUGUCGUGUGAAAUACAAAAAGUAAACGGAAAAUGCUAUGUUAGCUUCAAGGGCAUGUUAAAAGGUUUGUAAGAUACCAAAGGAGGAAAUGGGCGUAGUGCUGAUGACAAAAGUUUAACCAAUGCUGUGUUUUUAGCUACAUUUGAGAGUUCCAGCCUUGUUUUGUCAAGUGCUGUUUAAUUCCUUACUAAUAAAGAAUUUGGAGCUUUGCUGACCUCUCUGCUACAGCAAGUGAAGUACCAUUAAAGAGUUGGCAGUACCAUCCUGUUCUGUACCCCCAUCUUUGUUCCCUUUACAGUAAAUGGGACCUUGCUGGUAGCGGAGCCUUUGAAAUCUUACAAAUUUUUUUUUUUAAUUUACCAAAAAUCUCUGCAAUUCACACUCUUAGGGGAAAAAAGUAUUUGGCAAAGCGAAAAAAAUAGUUUCCUUUAGUUUCCUGAGAGCAAGUCUGAAGCAAUGGGGGGAAAAAAAAUGUAGUUAAACAAAAAUUCUUGUGUCCUUUCAAUCAAACUAUUGCAUUUUGCUUUUGAUGUUAGCUGUACACAAGCAGCAUGGAUUUCUGAUGCUCUCAGACAGGUAUCGUUGCAUUUUACUGAAAGUUUUGAUAGUCUUGCUCAGCUGGUCAGAGUUAUCUAAUCUGAACUGAAAGCCUCCUCCCUCACCAUCCAGUUUCCAUGCUGCUAAUGGCGUGAAAAUGCCAUCCUCAAGCUGCCACACAUUCAAAAUGUUUCCACUGCUGUUUAAUACAUGUGUAUUGGGUUUGUGUUGCAUGUGAAAACUCUCCCACCCAAUUGAUUGUCUGGUGUCUUAGGCAAAUCGUACAUUAAACAGAGAUCCAGAACUUCUCCAACAGUGUUCAGUUUGUAUAAUAUGUAGCUCCUCUAAUACUUUCUGAUUAUCCUGUUACAAAGUGACUGGGAUUUAGUUACCCUUAACGGGUAUUUUGUAUAUGUCCGCAUAGUGGUAUUUUUAUUGUUUCUAGUAUUGAGGUAUAUUGUACAAAAUUUGUAUAAAACUUUAGAAGCUUGUCAAAAAGAUAAGAGAAUUUUUGGAGUGAAUAGUGUGACUUUUAGCAGAAAUUGGAGCUGCAGGAACAUAUUUGCCUCUUUAUUUCAAUGAGAAGUUAGAGGACGCUGAAUCCUAGGAAUAGCCUAGCAAGCAUCUGCUCUCCCCUGCAAGGCAGAUUGCUCCUGUACUGGAUAGCAUUGAAGUUUGUGCUGUCUCUAUUUAGUAAUCCCUCAGAGCAAUUGGAUGUGAUGGGUAAAUCUCAGUUAUUUCAAUGGCAACCAUUGCCUUUAUUUUUAUUUUUUUUAAACAAAGACUGGAUGUAGUGGGUGUUAUCACAAGAUUAGUGACUGACAAGGCAAAACCAAAGAUGUCUUAAACUAACUCCAGAUAUCAAAUGUUGACUUCAGAGGAGUGUUAGAAGGGAUUUUAUUCUCUUCCCCUCCCCUGGCUCCUAAUCAACUUUUGAAGUAUUGAAGUUCGAAAGGGAAGUUGUGUUUUUGUUUUUUUGUUUUCAUUUUUUUAAAAUAAAUAAACCUUGGCACAUGUUCCAUUCCAGUGGUCAUAAGUGGUCACAUCUGCUCUGCAAAGGCCCUAUUUAUUUGUAUCAGUGGUUGGCUCUUCAGACUUGCCAGUUGCUUUCUGUGUACAUUGUUCAGUGUUCAAGACGUUUCCUUCAGCAAACACAGGGACAUACAAAGAAUACUGCAAAUACUGCUGAGGGAGGAUGGUCUGUUUUGAGUAGAUCUGGCAGGCUGGUAAGGGCUACUGCUGUUGGUGCUUAGAGUCUGAGAAUGUUUUUGAAUGCCGUUAGCCAUAAGAGCACUGAAUCCAUACUCAGUUACAAACCAGGCUACAAUGGUGAUCAGAAACAUUGUGAAAACCCUGCUGGACAGGGUGUGUUUGUGAGGAAGUAUCGACCAACUCCCCUGUCUGUUUAAAACUUUGGCCAGCCUUGGGUGUCUAAUUGCAGGGUAAAUGUACUCUGAGAGGGCAGGGUGAAGAUUCACCAGUACUACUAAAAUGGAACUGUGUUGUAACCAGGUUCACUGACAACCGCUGGUCCCCCUAACACUUGUAGCUGUAGUGUAGAUUGGGCCUUAAGUACCAAACCAUACAAGCUGAAAGCAUGUUCAGAACCAGGUGCUGAGCGUGGUUCUGGUUGACCUGCAGAGUGGCGUGUAAUUCUUUGAACACUGUUUAUUAUGGUCUGGAGCUCCAGAGAGGAUGAGGACCUAUGUACCAAUCUGUAUGCUAUUUGCAUUGUUCAAAGAAAUCUCUUGUGUACAGUCUGUCACUUGGGGGGUGGUUUAAACCUACUGAAUCGAAGUGCUGCUUUUUCUUCGCUUUUCUUGGGGGCUACAGGGUUCAGAAGCUCCCGGAUUCUUGUUGGCUGGUGUCUCUUUCUCCAGGCAUCAUGACUCUUGUGCCUUAUACAGUAAUUCAGUUGUUAACACUUGGACUGUUUCCUGUGUUGAGGCAGAACUUUGGGGGCUUGCUGGAAAAAUCGUAAAUCUGCUUCUGCAGUAGCUAGGAUUACUUUGGAGGAGCUCAUUUCAGAAUAUACCUUUUGAAAAUAGAUCGGACUAUACAUCGUCAACUUCUGCUUAUCGUGGACAGGUCAUACAAAUGGGCCUCAGUCAUAAGCAAAGCUGCCAUUUACCAUCUAGCAUUAGUAUGUUUAUACCACUAAUGUGACUUUAUUUUUCUGUUCAAAAGUUAUGCUUUUUUCUUUAGUUUUGCAACUAUACUUAUUAUAUAAUGGCCUUUUCUUUCCCUGAUUUAUUGACUGGCAUCUGGCAGCAGGGAAGUUAUGCUACACUAUGGCUUUGACUGGAAGGAUUCUUGGUGAUUGUCCUCUGUAACUUUUGUGUGUUAUAACUUCCGAUGUAUAAAAAGUGUGUGUGAUUUUUGUUUUUAGGGGGCCAGGUGUAUUUGGAUUGGUGUGUGUGUGUGUGUGUGGAUUAGGUUGAUAAACAUGCCCAAUAAAGGAUACUGCAUCAUUUGUUUACUCAAGCAGACUAUCCUUCGUACCAUAUUGAAUGCACAGUCAGCGAUCUCCACUCAGCUGGUUCACAGAUGAAUGCUUGUCGUCCUUGUAGUGGAGAAUUUAGUCAUGGAAUCUCCUCUAAAAAUUGAUCUGGUUUGGAGCACUGUUUAGUACCACUAACCUGCUGAGAAAUGUGGGACCAAAGCCACAUUUGCAGGUAGGGUACUUGACUUCCUUACUGCCAACUGCAAGCUUAUGUAGGUGGAUGUGCUCAUUAGAACCGUACUAAUGGCUCCCUGGAGUACUCACAUUUUAUAUCCACCAGCCUACAUUUCUCAUUUGAGAGGCCAGCAGCAUUGUAGCUCUCUCCUGCAUUGCUGCUGAGCUGUGUGUUCAUGGAUGUGUGUGGAUUCUUCAGUGGAGUUCAACAUCACACUAGCAACAUUAGAGUUGAACUUGCACUUCUCUAUUCAUUCUAGUUUUCUUGUUAACGAGUUUGGGAUGAAUAUUUCCUUCGGGUGUAAAGAGGACUGAACUUGGUCUGUACAGGAGAGCAACUUUGUAAUUGUGACUUUAAAAGUGGGAAUGGACAAAUGCCAACCUUCCCAUUUGUUCUGCACUAAGAUUUGCUUUUAAAAAAAAAGAAAAAAAAACCUUCUCUGCCCCCCGUCCCCCCCCCCGCCUGUGCCUGGAUGUGGUGAGUGAAAAGAUUAAUCGUAUGUACAGAUUGGCCUUUUCAUUCAAACUGGUGCAGUUCCAGUGAUGAUUCUUAGGUUAUGUAGACGGGCAAACAACUACUGAAGGUCUUAAUGUUUUUUGGAGGAGCCCUGGUGGACUUUAUCCUUUUAUGACUGAGUUCAGUUUUUAUCAGUGUAAACCUGGGAGUCGCUAAUCAGCUGGUGGGAUAAAAGGGCCAUGUUGUCAAAACUUUUUUGCUUUUUUCAUCUAAAAAUUAAUUGAUGAUAGAGGUGGGGUGGUUGAGUAAAUCAAAUGGCAUGAGUCAACCCCCACCUGUGGUCCUGGGUUCUAAUGUUGUUCAGGCCACCUGUGUACAAAUUUAAGUUUUGUGUGUCACUAUCUUUUUGUCUCCUCUACCAAACAAGCACACGCUUCAACUCAAUUGGCAUUCUGUGGUGAGAGAUGAACAGCCAGACUAGAAUAGCCAUCAUGUUGGGAGGAUGAAUCUGCCUUAACAAUGAGCUGUGCAUGGUGGGGAGGUUAACCUCUGCCAUAUCUGGCUGGAGUUACUGCUUUGGCGCUCUUACGUGCGUGAAAAAGUUUCGUUUUGAGCGUGAACCGAAAUCCUCUUGCUGGGUAUAUGGUGAUGACUUUUCACUGGCCAGCUUGUUGCUUCCCAUAUUAUGAAUACUACGUUGAUAACCGGUCCCUGUAGCUGUCCAGUGCACCCUAGUGCUGUAAUCUUGUGGUUGGUUGUUUAUAACACAAGUCUAAAUGUGCUUUUCUUUUCUUCCUUUGGGAAGUGGAGGGAGCUCUAACAGUGUAAUUAGUCAAAUACUCUUCCUUGCUUUGCUGAGUAAUGUGUGACUUAUCCCUGAGAUACUAGCAAUGAUUGGCCAUUUAGUUAUUUAAAUACACACGCAUACUUGUUGGAGGAGGGCAGAGUAAACUACUUCACUUGCUAGCCACCUGCUUUGUUCUGUGACUAUGGCUGUCUGGCUUGGAUUGCAGAAGAGUCCUGACAAAAAUGGAUAUUGAUUCUUCACUUAGAAGAAGUGACAGAAAAUACUGCCAUGCAAUCUGAAAGGAAUGAUCCAUGGUGCUUGUCAGCACUGCAUCACCCUGCACAAUACGGCUGGGCUGGACUUCCAAAUACAUGUGUUUCUUACGACUUAGUGCAAUGUGUAUAGUUAAAAAGGCUUUACUGGGUUUUUUUUAUUAAGACUAAUCUACGUAGUCUCCUUGGUCAGUUGCAUGUAACAGCUGAAUGUAUGGGAUUGGGCCUUAUCUUUCUAGCCAUCCCAAAUUGCUUUUACGUCCGUUACAGUCUGGAAUACAAAAUCCCAGGAUGAUUUUAUUGGCAAUACACAGUGUAUCCCUUGGAGCCUGUAUUACUUACAACCCAUCUUUCUGCUUGUGGACAAGAAAUACCUGCUGCGUUCCAACUCAACCUCUCCCCCCUUACUCUUUUUGCAAACACUGUGUCUGUGGGGCAGGGGGCAAUGUCUUCUCCUGAGGAGUUGCGUGGCGAUAGAGGGGCUGCUGUAAUGGAGCGACUGUAAAUAUUCUGUUCUAGUUGAAUGUCACAGCUGUUGGAUUUUGCAUUUAUUUUUAAACUAUUUCAUGUUUGAUACUGUGUAUAAUAAAUUUGCAGAAAGUA